UUUGACUUACAUAAAUAAGUACGCGUACAAAAUGUCUCAUCGAGUAUGGUCCACGUUCCAAGCAACAAGAAAUGAUGGCUCGUUGGUGAAGUUGCGCAUUCAAGAUUUACCCGAAAACCGGAUCGACGAUGCCGUACAUUUGUAUAUAAAAUAUUACAUUCACGACGAAACACUUCUGAAAAUGGCAGGUAUUUCACAAAAUCCAAAAGCGGUAAAGGAAUACCAAUUACUUAUAAGUGAAUUGAUUAAAGAUCCUACUUCGCUUACUAUGAUAUGUUGUGAAGACGAGGAUGACGGUAAUGUUCGGCAAAUAGUGGGCGUUUCGUUGAUGACGUUAACUGUAGUGGAACGGCAGGACUUAUUUAGAAAGCUACAGCCAGAAACCGAUGAGAUGCGGCUAUAUUUACAAUGGGAAAACAUAUAUCAUUUUGAUUUGCUUAAAGAAAUGAAGGAGCAGCAAAUUGCUUCAUUUCACGACGACAUAGGUCUGAUUGUUCAUCCACGAUUCAGAAAAUUAGGAAUAGCAACGGAAUUCGUUAGGGCGAGACGUUCGGCAUGUGUGGCAUACAAUGUCGCUGCUACCGGUGCUUUGACAACGGCUAUAGGCACUAAGAAGAUUGUCGAGAAAGACCACUGGGAUACCAUCAAGGAGUUCAAGCUGGAUGACCUAGGACAACACUACGGCGUUACUUGUGAAGACGGUGCGACAGUCAGACUUGUCAUCUGGAAGAACCCUGAAUUUAAAAAUAAUGAGAACGAGAAAUAA